GAAAACAAGUGUCGAUCCAAGAUGGAAGAAUAAAAUGUGCCGAAACUGAAUUACCAUGACUAUCCUAGACUGUAACCUCCCAGAAUACUCGAAACAAUUUUCCGAAUUUCUAGAUUUGCUUGCCAUGAUCUGAGGGAGGUAAGUUCUCCAUCUUAGAACGUUUACGCGAAUCUGUUCCACGUACCCUGAACCCAUUUCCUUCUUUCCUUUUCAAUGGAUGGUAAAUAAGAAGAAAAAGGAUAUAAAGUUGAAGGCAUCGAAGUAAAAGUGAAUUCGCAAAAAAUUCUGAACCUGGUUUUGAUCUGAUCCUUCUUCCUUCACAGCUAUAGCCGACAGGUUUCGAAGAAGGGAUAUCAAAAUUUCUUCUUUAAUUACUGGGAUUCAUGAGCAGUUUGGUAUGGCAGAAAUUGAAGGAGUGAACGACCAAGAUGAGACUUUGCAAGGGAAAUGAUAAUCUGAGCCGCAGAUCACAUCCGCCAUGGAUGAAAUUAAAGUUCUUCCAGGGUCCUUGGGAACCAGAAGCAGCUUGUCUUUGAGAUUGGGGCAGACCGUCUUUUCCUCCGCUUCUCUUCUCUUUAUGUCUUUGGGAGUUGAGUUCUACGGCUACACUGCUUUCUGCUUCUUGGUGACAACCAUGGGUCUAGUGAUUCCAUGGAGUUUCACAUUGGCAUUGGUGGAUGGGUACUUAGUCCUUGUUGGAUGUCCUCUUCGUCACUCAGGAAUACUACUGAUCAUUGUCAUAGGAGAUUGGGUCUUGUCGAUUCUCUCACUUGCAGCAGCUUGUGCAUCAGCAGGUGUCAUAAAUUUCAUGCUCACCAUUGAUGGGCUUCACUGUGUUCCGAAGUUCUGCUGCAGAUAUGAGCUAUCUACAGCGAUGGCCUUCUUCUCUUGGUUUCUCUCAGCAGCUUCAUCUCUUUUCAACCUUUGGCUACUCCCUUCUUUGUGAUAACUGAUUACUUCCUUGUGGUGGUCACCAUUUGAUUAAUUUGGUAAAAAAGCCAACUUAGUGUUUGAUUUAAUGUUCAAGUGAACAGUCAAGGAAGGCUAGCUGAAGCAUGUAUCCCAUCAAGUUGUUGGGAACUUCUGAAUAACCGAAUAUACAUAGAAUUCAAUAGA